GCAGAGGCUAGACAUUCGCAAGCCUGAUGCUUCUGCCAUUCAGGGGCUCUUCCCUGACGCCACUCCCUUUUUCCAUAAAGGAUGCUGAGGUUUGAGGCUUCCUGCUUCCUUCCAUAGUGUCAUGCACAGAGCACCUUAUGGACCUACCAACUGAGGGUGAGAAACUGCAGCACUAUACCCGUCAGAGACCCAGGCCCAAGCGGUCCAGCUGUCACCCUUACAGAAAACCUCAUGUUCAGACUCCAGAAAAGGAAAAAACAGAAGUCAAUGAAAAAGAAGUGUUUGCUAAAUUGGACGAGGGGUUAGAUGAUUUUUUCACCAAGAAGCUUAUCCAAGACUAUCACGAAUAUCCACUGCAAGUUUCUUCAGAACCCUCUUCCCUUUCAUCAUCUGGGUCUAGGACCUUUAAAAAGAAAAUAGGAGAUUUUUUUGCAUUAAGAAAACCAAGAAAUUCCAAGGGGUCUAAGCCUGAAAAGGAGCAAGAUGGGACUCCAGUAACUGAAAAAGGCAGAAAACCUACUUUAUCAGAUAUAUUAAGACCACUAAACAAAAGUGUUGAUUCUAAUAAAGAAAAAACAGAAGAUGCCACAUCAGCAGAGGUGGGAUCUGUGGUGGAUCCUGCAUGGACACCUGAUGCUGCAAGAAAGAUUAAACCAAGAUGCUCAAGAGAAGGAAAAUCCCAGUCACUGAUACUUCUUUCAGAAGAUGAGGAGCCAUUUAGAAUAAAACAAGAAAAGAAAAGGCAUUGUGAGAAGCUGGAUGGGGAAGCCUGCCACACAUUUGAACACAGAGUUCACAACAUGUUACAUCGUAUUGGUGUGACACGGGUCUUAUCAUCAGAAAUCAAGAAAAAGCAGAACAAAGAUGGUGACAUCAAAAAGGCUGGUUCAGAAGGAGACAUUGUGGAUAGUUCUGCUGAGUCCCCGCCACCAAGCCUGAAAGCACGAACACACUCUAUGUCGACAGCAGAAAGAUCCACUCCAAAACCUGAAAUGGUCAGGAAUCCAGCAGACCAGAGCAUGAUUUGGAAAGACAUUGGGAAACAAUUUAAGGCAGAACUUAAGGGAAGGUGCACACUGGCCCAUGGCUCACCAAGAAGAUCUCUUGUCAUUUUAGAACGCAGAGAAAUAGGAGUGGAAAAAAAAUCAGAGGACUCUUGGAGUCUCCCAGGCCUAGAAAGAAGCUCUCCUGCUCCUUCUCCUAGCCGAAUCAUUCAUUUGGAGAAUACGUCUGAUGUAAAUGAAAUUGUAUCAGAAGACUUUGGUAAUGAAGCAAGCAUGUCCAAACCUAGGUUACGUCUCAAGCAAUUUCAGAACAGAAGAGCAAUCUCAGCUCAUGAAGAACAGUUCAGAGACCAGGGGUAUAUGACUGAACUGGAAAAAACAGAGACGAGUGUCGAAAAAAAGAUUGUGGAACCACUUACUGUGAAAAAUGAAGGAAACACCCCACAGACUUCUGUAGAGACUACACCAAGCACAGAAAUAGACAAAAGGCCUGAGAUCCCAUCAAACCACCAAAAUAACGAAAACAUUUAACGGUGAUUGAAAACAUCUGCUCUUAUUUAUGGCUAAUGGCUGAAAAAAGGAUCUCUGGCUUUAAUACCUAAUGACAACAAUAAGCAAUGGGUUCACUGUAAUUGCAGAUUAUCUUUAGUGAUCAUUUAAAAUGUGCAGCCUUGUUAAACCAAGCUGAAAGUGAUACUAUGAAUGCUGAAAAAUAAGUUUUGUUUAAGUAUGUGAUGUUAUAAAUCUGCUAUGUAUUACUUUGGCAAAGUUGUCUGCCCAAGGCAAAUGACCAAUAGCAACAAAUAAGGUUUGUCACUAUUCUAGGAGGUCUUGGGUUACAAACCAGAGCAAACUACUGUAACAUAGCCAGCCUAAUACUUUUUAUAUUGAUGUGCACCUACAUGAGACUGGAUUCUCAGAUGACUAGAAGUAUUUUUCAUUGGGAAUGUACAGUAUUACUGUUCAGUAAGUGGUCAACCAAAAAUUGCAUGCUUAUGAAAGUCCCGAGAUCCUCAUUUCUUUCCACAGCUGCAUUCCUGUCAGUGCAUUUGUUCAUGCAUCCCACAGUCCAGCUAGAAAAAGAUUUUUAUGUUUAUCCUAUGUGAUCAUAGCAAAAAGGUUUUGCUCUCUGACCAAAAGAAACCUGAUUUGGAUUUUUGGUGUCAAGUUUUGUGCCAGCUCCAGAAACUAAUAAAACAAACCUAGACUGUAUGCUCUACAGGGCUGGAUCUCAUUGUUUAUUCCUACACCUAUAAAUAUAAUUAGUAGCACAAUAUUAGAAAAAUGUUAAUUUCAAGAGAUGGGGAUACAUUUCCACUUGGUGAGAGUGGGGUAUACAUCUCUGGCUUUGUUAAUUACAUCUACGUAAUCUGUAAAUAAAAACAUUUAUAGUUAUAUGUUAAGCUCUUUAACAUCAGUUUUUUUUUUUUUACAGAAGCCAUUCCUAAUUCAAAUACUUUCUCUGUCAUAAGACAUAGCACAGUAAUUAGAAUCAGAAUUUUAGUAUAUGUAUGAGAUCUGUUAUCCAGAAUACUUGGGACCUGGGGUUUUCCAGAUAAGGGAUCUUUCUGUAAUAAGGAUCAUCAUACCCUAAGUCUGCUACAAGUCAUUUAAACAAUUAACCCAAUAGUAUUGUUUUUAUAUCAAUAUUGAUUCAUGCAGCUUAGAUACCAUCACGUACAAGGUGCUGUUUUAUUAUUAUAGAGAAAAAUUAAAGCAUUUUUUUUAAUUAGAAUUAGAAUUAUUUGCUUAAAAUCUAUGGGAGAUGGCCUUCCCAUAAUUUGGAGCUUUUUGAAUAAUGGGUUUCCGGAUAAGGGAUCCAUACCAGAACUGCCAUACCAUACCUGGCUCUGAUAUGCCACUUCACCCUAAACCUCCCCCCAGCAGACUACGUGGGAUAGGGUCAAACUUUGCAAAAAAUUAUUUUACUUUUGGAAGUGGAAGUAUGCCCUCUUGUUUAUGUUUCUGAAUCUUGCAUUUCUUGAUAAGGACAGAGGAACACAGGUAAUUUUGUUGCCAGGGCUCAGCAAAGUGGUUGCAAGUAUUCCCUUAUAGGAUAAGCUUGUAAUUGGUCUAGUCCUGCCAAAAUAAUAGCCUUAUCACUAAAAAAUGGUCAGUACUGCGGUUUUCACAGGGGUGCACCAAAUUCACGAUUGAGUUUGAGAUUUGGGCAGAAUCCAGCCGUAUCCAAGUACCUGGCCAAAUGAAUCCUUAAAAUCACGUGACUUUUGGUCAUGUGAACACAGAAGCAAAAAGUAAUUUAAACACACUCUUCUAUUUAAGCCUCUAUUGGAUUAAUUUGCAAUUAGGAUUUGGAUUCAGUUCAGUAUUCGGCUCAAUCUUUUACAAAGGAUUCAGGGUUCAGCCGCAGCCGAAAAUAGUGGGAUUCGGUGCAUCCCUAGUGUAUAAAGAAGUGUUUUCAGGCAUUUAUUUCCCCCCUAACAAAUUAGAAAUCAGUCAGAUGACUAUUACUGGAAAACAGAUUUUCCAUUUGCAGUCAUAAGCAGCACCCUUUCUAAUUUGCUGACAAAUUUUAAAUUAUUGUGGACAAGCUGAAGGUCCAAAGCAUGAAGGUGUCAGCAACCGCUUGAAAUGUGUAGGGAUGGUUGAGCAGGAUUAUCUUUGACAAAACAGCAGUUUAGGUACAAAACGUGUCAAAUUAUUUAUUGCUCCUGUUUUGAGUUACGUUUUUAAUAUGGAAAAAAUAAAGAUUUUAUCAUAGAAGCCGUAGUGUCUUGCACAGACUAUUAUUAAUAUUUUUCAUAUCCUGCAAAACAACAGCAUCGCUGCAAAAAUUUGUGCUCAGGGCUUGGUUUCAAUGAAGUGCAAUUUACAUCAUUUUUUUGUUUGCAGAUUACCUGUUUUUAAACUGAAAAGAAGCAUCUUAUGAUGUUACCAUGCUUAGAACUGACCAAAAAAAAUCAGAUGACUUUCCAACUUAAGUUUAUAAGCUGAGCAACAUCACUAGUUUCUUUUCUCAGAUUUAAUCUUUUUCUCGAUUGUCGGCUAAAAUGACAGGUGGCUCUGUAGUUACAGAUGUUUUAUAUUAAUAGUUAAAAAAUGGCUAAUAUAUAAACUUUUAAAAGGGGUUAUAUUUCAUUUAAGGGUAAAAGUAGCAGGUUUGCUCAAACUCCAGAAUGAUAACUUUAAGUUGUCUAGUGUUAAAUGGGACAACACCUGUGACGUAGGUGUGGGGGGGGCUAAACACUUUUUCAGGAGCACUGCCCUCAAGCCCAUGCAGCAUUCCUCCACUGGCCAUCAGCCUCUUUAAUUCAUAAACUUGCACCUACCCAGAGUACCCCUGAUGUCAGAGAUGGCUGGGUCGGGUGUGGAUAUUCAAGUGUUGAUGACAGGUCAGGUCUGGAUUGGGACAGGGCAGAUUAGGGUCACUAAUUCAAUCCCAUCUGCUCUGAUACCAAAUGUUUCCUGACCUUGUGCAAAAAUGACAUAUUUUGGUAAAUGUAGCAUGCAUUUUCUUUAAUAUUAAAUUGAUUCUCAUUUGCCCUGAUCACCAAUGUCUCCAGCCCCUUGCACAAGAUAUGUUGCAUGGGUUAUAUUUCUCUAUAUAGUAUUUUUGUUAUCUGCAAACACAGAGACCUGGUUUUAUAACAUUAUAGAUGGCAUUAUGAGCACAAUAAAAGUGUUUUUACCAAUUGA